UCAUGCGUCCGAAUGUGCGGGACCUCUAAAGGUCGUACGCACUCAAGAACCGAGCAAGUAUAAGUCAGGCUGGUUUGAGCCUGAAGAUAUCUUCUUUAUUAGAUGCGGGCGUUGAAAUUUGAAAGGUAGCUGUAAGGAACAAAUUGAGACAUGCAUGUAAGUAUUUGGGCAAAGCCCCGAAGGGGUCUCCGGCAUACUUAGACAGCGUGAGUAGCUGUUGUGUCAUACGCGAUGGCAACCCCCCCUUGCUUCUCGUUCGCUAUCGACGCUCGCCACGACCUCGUUCUGUAUCCUUUCACGAUAAACCAAAUCACCUUUACUUCAGGACGCACAUCAAUGGCAACUAUCGGUGCCCAGGACAUCAGACAAAGAAUCGGGCGCUUCCGAGUUCUGAUCAUGGGGAGAGCAAACGCAGGUAAAACGACCAUCCUUCAGAAGGUCUGCAACACCACGGAUCAACCAGAAAUUUACAAUGCCAAAGGACACAAGAUCGAUGCUGCCAUCGUAGAAUCCUCGCUCAAGCGUGGAAAUCACGACAUCACAAACGAAAUGGUGUUCAGAAGUAAUCCUGUUUUCAUCUUUCACGACUCGUGUGGUUUCGAAGCGGGCACUGAUAAAGAAUUCGAGAGCAUGAAGAACUUUAUCUCAGAACGCGCACAUGCGACGAAAUUAGAGGACCGAAUCCAUGCUAUUUGGUAUUGUAUUCCGAUGGACGAGCAUUCUCGAACAUUCCAGCGGUCGGAGGAGAAGUUCUUCUCGGAGUGCGACACUGGGAACGCUCCUGUGAUUGCGGUGUUCACCAAGUUUGACGCUCUGCGUGCAGUUGCGUAUGGUGAUAUCAAGAAGCAACUACAAGGUGUAUCAGCAGAAGAACGCUCAAAGAGGAUUGCCCAGGGCGUUGAGGAACUGUUUACGAAUACAGGUGUCUUGGAGAAGUUGCGCAAAUCUGAAAACCGUGCCCGUUAUAAGUCCUAUGUACGCUUGCAGUAUAUGAACAAACAGGAUACAAACUGUGACACUCUGCUGGAAAGCACCACUCUCGCAUUGGACAAUGAAGAAUUGCAGUUGUGCUUGGUAUCAACGCAACAAUCGAAUCUAGAGCUUUGCAUCAAGUGUGCUGUGACAAUAGUCGUGGAUCGUGCGCAUCAGCUAUUCGGGCUAUUUUAUCAAUCCAAAAUUGCUGGGUGGUUUCCACAUCUUAAACUGGUAAGAUUGCGAUUUACGAAGCUGGAACAGGAUGGACAGCGCUGAUACCUUGUUGCUACUCGCCUGUUGACAGUGGCAAGUAAGUACCUUGAUGGUUUCUGGUCCUCGAGCCAUGCUCAUGGUCCCCAUCCCUCGUUGCUGCUCGCCCUGUUGACAGGGCGUAAGUGCCUCGAUGGUUUCCAGUUUUCGACACAUGC